AUUAUCAUUGCCGUCAUGGGAGUAACGGGUGCGGGUAAAAGCACCUUUAUCUCUCUAUUGUCAGAUCAAGAAAUAGAAAUUGGACAUGGUCUACAAUCAUGCACUACCAAAGUUGGGGUCUAUUACUUCAAAUACCAAGGUAUUCGCAUAUUUCUCGUCGACACACCUGGCUUCGACGAUACGAACCGUUCCGAUUCCGAAGUCCUCAAAGACGUGGCUUUCUGGCUAGCCGCUUCGUACACUAAGGAAGCUCGCCUUGCUGGUAUAAUCUACCUCCAUCGAAUCUCAGACCCUAAGAUGGGAGGCUCGGCACUGAGAAAUCUGCGGAUGUUUACGAAACUCUGUGGAAGCAAUAAUCUCAAAUCCGUUGUCCUUGUGACGACCCACUGGGCGAAUGCCGAAACAGGUAUCAGCGUAACUGAGAGCACCGGACAAGCAAGAAUUAAUGAGCUUGUGGAGAAGAAGGACUUUUGGGGUGCCAUGAUAGAAAGAGGAAGCCGUGUUGAAAGACACGAUGGAAGCAAGCAAUCUGCUUUAAGGAUCGUGGGGGCCAUUAUCGACAGAAAAGUCAGGGUUGUCCUCGACAUUCAACGACAGUUGAUUGACGAGCGAAUGAAUCUCGAUGAUACCGACGCAGCCCAAGCCUUACGCAGCGAGUUGAUUGCCGAGCGUAAGAAAUUCGAAGCAAGGUUGGUGGAGCUGAAGGAUGACAUGGAGUUUGCUAUCCAAGAGAAAGACAUGAUAUGGCAACAAAAGAUCAAGGAGGAACAAGCCCGAAACAAAGCGGACAUUGAGAAAACUCACGCCGAAACCGCGGCCCUCCGGACGAACCUACAAAAGAUCGCCAAGGAAAAGGACGAGCAAUUCCGCAAAUUCCAGGAGGAGAUGGCAGCACAACAUCGGAAGUAUGAGGCCCAAAUCAAACAAACUACGGAAGCACUCGAGGCUGCGAGAGAAGAGCAACGCCGCAGGGCUGAUGAACACGAACGACAGCGAAGGGAAGACGCGGCUCAAGCGGCACGCAAAGCAGAAGAAUACCAGAGAUCAGUCAUCGAAAUGCAAAACCGCAUGCGGGAGGAGCACGACGAAGCAAUACUUGCACAAAUGGAAAAAGAGAAGCAAGACCGAGAGCGAUGGUACCAGCAGCAGCGUGAAGAGGCUCGAGCCGCGGCCGAGGCUGCUGAUUUACGUUGGGAAAGCCAACAGCGAAUCGAGCGGGCGAGGGAGCAAAGACUGAUAGAUGAGAAGAAUGAAGCUUACAGGAGAAUCAAGGAGGUUGAAAGGGAGCAAAAUAAAAGAGCUUGGUACAAUCCCUCACGUUGGUUCAAUGGUAAAUAUCGGGACUAGGGAAUGACUUCAUGUAUCCUAUAUUGUUGGCGAUUUCAUAGGGUUCUUUACUAUCAUCUGG